CCUUUUGACCCUCAUCCGCGGGAAAAAUGAAAUAGAAUCGGAGCCUAUUGUCAUCAGAUUUAUUAUAUUUACUUCCAAGUCAGCAACAUUAUGUUCAUUACAGACAUUAAAACACAAUUCUAUGACGUUAUUCUACAUCAUAGAGUAUUGGUCCUAGUCGCUAAUGAUGUAGAUGCUUUGUGUGCUUGUAAGAUCCUGCAGACAUUGCUCCAAUGGGAUCAUGUACAAUACACCUUGGUGCCUGUAUCAGGAAAAGACGAUGUAGAACGAGCUUAUCUGGAACACUCAGAGCAGCUCAAGUAUGUGGUGCUAAUAAAUUGUGGUGGAACUGUCAAUCUUCUGGAAUCAUUACAACCUGAUGAUGAUAUAGUCUUCUUUAUAUGUGAUAGUCACCGACCACUGCAUCUUUGGAAUAUCUACAAUGAGACCCAGAUCAAGUUUUUGAUGAGCUCAGAAGAUGAUUUUGAUAUUCCAUCAUAUGAAGAAGUCUUCAGAGAUGACGAGUCUGACAGCGAUGACUCUGGGGCAGAAAGUGAUUCAUCAGAACCAACAGGCAAGAGACGGAGGUUUGAUGAGGAUGCAUUGGAAAGGAGAAUGAACAGGCGUCAAGAGAGGAGGAACUGGGAAGAUAAAAGGAGCAAGAUUCUCUUUGAUUAUGAGGAGUUUUCAUAUUAUGGCUCUUCAGCUGCUGUAGUAAUGUAUAAUUUAGCAUGGAAGAAGUCAAAGGAUACAAAUGACUUGCUUUGGUGGGCAAUUGUAGGACUGACAGAUCAACUCAUUCACAAGAAGAUUGACAGAGAGAAGUACGUAUCUGAUGUGACAGAAUUGAAUCGUCAUGUUGCACGUCACAACCAUAGAGCUGAAGAUGAAGAAAACACUGUCUCAGUCAACACAAUGAAGAUAUCAUUCAUGCCAGAUCUGCAACUAGUCCUGUACAGACAUUGGUCUAUCCUGGAGAGUUUGAAGCAUUCAUCAUAUACAGCCUGCAAUCUCAAGUUAUGGACAUUGAAAGGUCAGAAGAAGUUAAAUGAGUUCUUAGCUGACAUGGGUUUACCUCUGGCUCAAUGUCAGCAGAAGUUCACAGCCAUGGACAUCACAUAUAAGAACACCAUCAGAGAGCUCCUAGAAAGCUCUGCAAGGAAGUUUGGAUUGGAGAACAUUACUUUACCAUCAUUCUUAGCUCAGUAUGGAUUCAAGAAUAAGUUCUGUGCCUUUGAUAUUGCCUAUGCAGUAGAAGCUGUCUUGGAAGCAGUGGAUAAAGACAAGUCACCAGAAAAGAGGUUUUUGGAAGCACUAGAUUGUCUAUCAAGGUCUUAUAUCAAGAACCUCCACCUUGGACUUGAUGCAUCUAAACUCCAGCUCCAGGCAGUGGUCACUCAGGUCCAGAGUCUUCUGGACAUGGGUCAAGUGGUCAGUGCGGGACCUUUCCUAUAUGCUUUCUUGCCUGAGGGUACUCCAGAAACAAAGUUCUUUGCUCAUCCUAAUUGUCUCUCCAUGUUGGCGAGGUUUGCUCUUGAGGCAUAUGUAAAAAUGUCCAAGAGCAAGAAGGCCAAGAACCUUCCUUUGGUGAUGACAGCCCCUCUGAUGAAUGAAGGUGGAACCUGUCUAGUGAUUGGCAUUCCUCCUCUACCAGAACUUGAACAAUCAUCAAGAAAUUUCUUUGGUCGUGCUUUUGAACAAGCUGCAAAGAAGACAAACUCAAGGACACUCCACAAUCACUUUGAUUCUUCAAUCAUGGAACUCAAGAUAGGAGAUAGAAGCAAGUUCUUUGAUGCACUCAUAUCAUUACUAACAUAAGAUUACUGUCUGGUAAAAUUCAACCGUAUACAUUGUUAUGUGGCUACAUGGUGUUGAACAAGGCAAUUGUAUAUGUACAUUUGUACAUGAAUAAAUGUAAAAUACAAGCGGUAUGAGAAUUAUGAAAUACAAUGUAUGAAAGUUAAUUUUCUACCCUUUAAUAUGAUCUGUCAGUGAGUGAAAAAGUGCACAGAAUCAAACAUUUUUUUUAAGUGUGUACAUUAUUUCUUGCAGUUAUGUAAUUGCAUAAAACUAAUAAUUUUCAUGACUGCCUGUCAUAGCAAUGAAUAUACUUGACAAGACGGAUGAGUGAAAGAAAUAAGAACCUUUUCGUUGCAGUCCUGCUGUGACGUUUUUUGUUUUGUAAAAUUAUGGAAAUGCAAGCAUUACAUACUACAUAUACUGCUAUCCUAUUCCUGCAUAUAUUUACUUGAUGGAGGACAAGGUAUUAUGUAUGAAAACAACCUAAUGGAAUUGUGAUUUUAUGAUUGAAAUGAAAAACUGCAAGCCUCAUUUGCUUUUUGUACUCUACUCAAAUUUUGUAUCCCCUCUCAUGCCUGAAAUGUUCAUUAUAUAAGUUGCGUCAUAUGAAAGUGGAGGAUCUGAGCUUUACAAUGUAUGUAAUUCAUGAAAUGUAAUUGUGACUUAUGAUAUAGCAAUGACAAUUUGAAGUUUUGUUUUUCAUGGGACACACUGUAUAAUGAAAAAAAAAUUGAAUACUAAUCUUUAAAGGAGUGAAAACAAAUUGUGUUGGAAUCGAUGCAUUCUUAAUUGACAAUAAGUAAUUUAUAAUGAUAAACAACACAUGCACUUUUCAUUUAAUCUGUUCCACCAUGCCAACCUUAAAAAGUCAUAAUAUACAUGGAGUUGCAUCUAGCUAUACUGUAGAUGUUAGAAGAAACAAAGACCUAAUGAAUUAAUAAAUUAUCCACCAGAACUCGGGGUGUUGUUUAUAAAUACUAAUAAUAACAAUGUUCUUUUCCUACAUUCUGCAGUAGAAUAUAUCACAUUACUUGAAUAGAUUCCCUUGUUACUGCAUAACUACAACUUAGGUUGUAAUUCUACGUGGUAGCUUACUUUGUACAUUCUGUGUAAAUACAUUUUUUAUUCAUAUAUUUCCAUUUGUAGAUAUAUAUAUAGUUGUAUAAAAGAUUAAUAUUGUGUCACUUUGUUAAAUUGUAUUGUCAACAAUCGAUAUAUAUGUAUAAUUUGUGUUUUUAUGUAAUUUUUCUGUUCCAUAUAGUGGAGUGAAAAGAUGUAUGGUAAAGUACACUCUGAUAGCAGAACUAUAGGCCUACUGAAGAUUUAGGUCUUGCAUUCUUCAGAGUAAUCUGCAUGAAUUAACAAAUAUAAACCAAACAAUGUAUGUAGGAACUACAUGGAUCUGUAGAAAUGAUUUUGACAUGUUGGAUGUCCCAUUUACUCUUCUCAUAACUUUCCCAGUUUAUGCAUGCCCAUUGUUUGCAAAGAUAUGUUUUUUCCUGAGUAUCAAAAUGCCAUUAUUUGUCUUUAAUUAUUUGUAUUUUCUUGAAUAUGUGAUUCACUAAAAGAAAAUAUGAAAAUCUUAUUGAUCAUGAUUCCCCCCCAUAUUCAAGAUAUGGCAUUAUCUAUUAAUGGGGUGCACCCUUUAGGAAUGAGUGGUUUUAAAAAUCGAAAUUAUGAUGCCUUAUAGUGAUAUACGUGUACCAUAAGCAAUGAUAUAUAAUUUGAAGCUUUUUGCAAUUAUCUUCAUUCUUAUAAUUGUUCUUGAAAUCCUAAACAGGUCGUUCUUCAAACAAAAACAAACUUUUGAUCUUCAUCAUACAUAAUGGUGAUUACUUCCCUAUUCAAUCAAGUGAAGAUUAGCAUCGGCAUGCAUCCUAUAAGAUUAAAUAAUGCAACCAGUCCUAUGGUAUCGACUGUAAGCAUAAUGCAAACCAUGCAUUAAAGAGUCAAAAUUAAGAUUUAUAUAUUUUUAUGUUACAAGAUAUUGUUUUAUAAUGCUGUAAAAUCAUAUUUAUCUAUUUGUGUGGAAAUAAAACUUGUACAUUUAUGUGUCAAUAC